GUAGAACACCCCCCCCCGACCUUCUCAACAUGGCGUCUAAUUUGGUCAUUUUUUUUUUAUUUUUCAAUUUCUUGGUCGUAUACACCGUUUUAAAUAACAACAACGGUAACUUUAUUGAGUCUUCUGCGUUACAUUCUUCCACCAGGAAGUGCAGGUUUAUGGGACACGUAAGCUGUGCCCUGCAAACAGGGCUUUAAAAUAUUCAUAUUAUGACACUGAUGUAGUUUCAUCGUUUUUAAGAAAUAAAGUGUUAGAAAACGGUGCUAGUCUUUUAAUAUACGUGUUUUAUUUGCGUAGAAAAAUACGUAACCAGUAUCUAAGGACUGAAUACUAGCGGAUUGAUCCAGGUAAAAGAUGACACUUAGCUGAAAUAGAAAACCAUGGAAAAGUUUGGUAUGAACUUUGGUGGUGGACCAAACAAGAAGGAACUGUUGGAAACUAUAGAAAGUCAGAAAAAGCAACUGACCCAGUACCAAACACGUUUCAAAGAUGUGGUGAGGGCUUACAAAAGCCUUCUGAAGGAAAAAGAGGCUUUGGAGGCAAGUCUUAAAGUUCUCACUGUGUCCCAGGAAACAGACUUGAACUUACGAAAUGAACAACCUUCGGGGGGCACAGACACUGGUCGGUGCUCUUCUGACCAUGGAGAUGACAAAUGUUCUGUGCACAGCGAAGACAGCGUUGGCACUGCUGCCAGUGCAGACACUGCCACCAGCGUGGCCAGCAGCAGCACCAAGGGGGAGCUGAACGAAGACGAAAGGGGGCUGGCUGACCAAUUGGCUGCUGGGUCAUCUUCCCAAAAGUCUGAGGAGAACAAUGGGUCUGAAAGCGGCAUCAGCUCUAGCAGUGGCGAGCAGCAGGCUGCAGGAGAAGCAGACAGGAGGGUCUUCCAGUUGAAGACGCAGCUUUCGACCUUGACUAACUCUUUGGCAACAGUGACCCAAGAGAAGUCUAGAAUGGAGGCUUCCUUCCAAGCGGAUAAAAAGAUGAUGAAGCAAGACUUUGAUGAUCUCACUAAAAAGCUAGAAGAAAUAAUGAGGAAACAUGAAGCAGAUAUCAAAGGUUUGCAAGAGCAGCUGGCAGAGACCAAAGCCCGUGUUAUAACCCAGCAGCAUGAGCGGGCGCAAGAGCAAGGUGACCAUGCCCUGAUGCUGCGGGAGUUGCAAAACCUGCUGCAGGAAGAACGGGACUUGAGGCAAGAUGCAGAGCUGAGACUGGAAGAGAUAAAGGAAGCACUUGUAGAGAAAAUGUCAGCAGCUGAUCGAGUGGUGGACUGUGAGUCCCAAAUGAAGCAGCUUUCCAAGAAGAUGGAUGGGAUGAAGAAAAGUCUGCAGGCUGCGGAGGAAGAAAAGUGCAAGCCUGAUCCACGCGUAGGGGAACUGCAGCAGCAAAUAGCAGAGUUAAAGGCACAUUUUCAGGGGCAACUGCAACAGGAGAUGAAAAAGGUAGCACAAGCUCAGGAACAGCUUCAAGAACAUUCCCAAAUGGAAGAGGGACGUGUCGCCAGCCUGGAGGACAGAAUUUCCGAGCUUUCUGAGCUUCUGGGCACAUAUGAGAAAGCCAAACAAAAGGACCAGCUAACGAUUCAGAUGCUCAGAGACCACAUAUUGCAGCUUGACAUGGAAAACAAGAGUUUGGCUAUAACUGCGACCACCAGGACCUCUGUAGAUCUUACUGUUGAUGAAGCCAAUUUGAAUGUGAACAUGUUGAAAGACAAAUUAGAAAAGCUGAAAAAACUGCUGCUAUUGGCCGCACAGAAAUCCCAGCUGUCUAUUGAUAUUGAGAAACUCUGUGAGGUGGAGCUUGCGGUAAACAGUGAGCCAUCAGAUGGGGAAAAGGCUUCUGUUGCUUAUUACCAGCAGGAACUGAAGCAGCUGAAAGAGGAGUUUGAGCGAUACAAGAUGAGGGCUCAGGUGGUGCUCAAAAACAAAAACGCUAAAGAUGGCAGCAUGGCCAAAGAGCUGGAAGAAGCGCGUGAUCAGCUGUCUGAGCUCAAAGAAAAGUACAUUUCCCUCCAUCUGUCCUGUGAUGAAAUGGAAAGCAAGCACAAACAGGAGCUUGAAGUAAGGCAGCAGCACACAUUAAACCUACAGCAAGGUCAAAAGCAAAAGCUGGAAAAGUUAGAAACAGAGUAUCGUGAAAGGGCACUUAAACUGGAGGAAGAGCUGCAUAAGCAAAGAGACCGGACCCUUGCUCUGUUGGCAGAAAAGGACCAAGAGCUAGAGAGGCUGAGGUCCAUGUCUUUUGGUUACAGCUUGACUGGACAUAAAAGCUACAGCGACAACAGUGCAGCAGUGGAGAGGGAAGGAAAUAGUGGCAGCAGUGACUGUCCAGAUGAGACUCAAGACAUCAUUGCACAGGCUUUGAAGCUGGCAGGGCCUAACGAGCCUAAUCUGCUUCUGUAUGCUGAGCAGUUAGCUCGGAAGCAGGUGGAGGUCAAUGCUUUGAGGAAGCUGAAACACGGACUUGAAGGAGAUGUGCAUAAGCUUCAAGAUACACUUCUUACUAACGAAGAACGACAUAGUGAGGAGAUCAGAGUGCUUAAAGAUCAUAUUCAGAAGAGUACUAGAGACCAGAGCCGGGAAGGUGCCAAUCUCGAGUACCUGAAGAACAUUAUCUACAGGUUCUUGACUCUGCAGGACACUCUUGGGCGCCAGCAGACGCUAACUGCCAUUCUGACUAUUUUACACUUCAGUCCCCAGGAAAAACAGGCCGUGUGGAAAUAUCAGGCUAGCAGUUGGUGGAGUUCUGGAGCAAGAUAAAACAGCUCAAAGUUUUAUAUAUUUUUUUUCUGAGCAUUAUAACCGAAGAGCAUUAUAAACGGCGGGGGCGGGGGUGCCACGGGACACAUAACACACAUCUGACUAAAGUGCUAAAUAAAAUAACUCUCUCUCUAUAAUGCACGUAUAGCGAAGCAAAAAUAUAACUUUCUGUGAAUUAACCAUGCAUAAAGCACCAUGUAAUCAACACUAUAUUUAAAAAUAAAAAAGGCAACAUUCCAACUCAUGGAUCAUUUUAACUGGCAGUUUUUAAACUAUAAAUAGCCUGGCUAAAUGGCGGUCGGGAGUUCAGUUCGAAGCGACAGACAAGCAAACCAAGAGCGAGAAGGAGAGCGGGUCGGGAGAGGGGAAGAGGGAAUGGGCUCGCCCCAGGUUCGGCUUCCGGAGCGGGGCUUAAUCGUCUCGUCUCCCGAAGAAAGCCGCAGCUCCUCUCGCAGCAAAAAAGUAAAUACAUUAGGAAAGAUAACCACGUAAUAGGCCUAAUAUUUAUUUAGUUAUAAAACGAAUGCUGAAUAAGGUGUCUGUUACAAAGUACCAGCGUAGCUUUUCUUCAGUUCAGAUACUGUAGCAAAAGGGAGAGACAGAAAUGAAAGUUAGACUGAGAAGCUGUUUACAGUUUGAACACUGGUACUGUAUUUACUGUAGAAAUAUUGCAUGAAUCACUAGUAUAGGGAAUUGGGGGACAUGCUGUAGGAGAGUUAUAUCCGAGGUGCAUAAUAAUCGAGAGCCUUAUAGCGAGGGAGCACUGUGUGUGUGUGUGUGUGUAUAUAUAUAUAUAUACACACACACACACACGCGCACACACACAAAAUAAUGGAGAAAAUGAAUGGGUAACUGACAAAUAAUUUAUUAAUAAAGGAAUUAUCUGGUGUAUACAGUAACUGUGCUGCAGUUACAUCUUUGUAAAACAGGCUUGAUGAAGACUGAUAUCCAUUUGGAAUCCAGACUAUACAGUUCAGAUUCACUUUUACCACUUUCUGGAUUCUCCUCCCCACAAAAUGUUGUAUUCUUUUUAACUAAAUAAAUAAAAAAAAUGUUAUGUA